AUGGCAAAAGUCGCAAGAAAUAAAAGCAACAUUCUAGUCCAUCCGUCUCUAAAGUGGAGGCUUCCGUUUUUAGUAACGGCCGUGACAAUUGUGCUGUUAUUACACCACAUAAAAACGUACGUUGUUGUAAGACCAUCUGUAGCAACCGUAGACAUUCCUAUUCACGACCCGUAUGAAGAAACUCCUCCUAAUGAUUCAUCCAUAGGAACCCUUCCUCAAGAUCUGUACGAAGAAACUCUUAAUAAUUUAUCCGUAGAAACACCUCCGCAAGACCUGUAUGAAGGAACUUCUACCGUAGAAACCCCUCCUCAAGAAACUUCUCUUCAAGACUUGUAUGAAGGACCUCCUCCUCCUAAUGAUUUAUUCGUAGAAAGCUCUCCUCAAGACUCGCAUGAAGAAACUCCUCAUAAUGACCUAUCCGUAGAAAUCACUCCUCCUAACGAUUCAUCCGCAGAAACCCCUCCUCAAGACCCGUACGAAGAAGCAAUUAAACACUUUUCUCCCUUUGCCUCUGAAUAUUCUCUUGCGACAUGUUUUAAUUUACCUAACCGUGUCAAACGCAAAUCGUUCAAGGCAUACGGGCCACCCGGAAGAGAACUUUCGAUAUUUCAUUGGCGGUACUUGACUUAUCAGAUAGCAGACACUGUCGAUUGGAAAAAACGUUCAGCAGAGCUGUGCCCAUAUCCACCAGAAUUAGUUCCAUUUUUUAAAAGAUUUUAUAACAAAUUUGUAAAGGGACGCACUCCCAUAGUCAGUGCAUGGCCAAUUGGAUACGCUCCUUGUUUCCUUUGGUAUCUAUUUCAUGAGAGUGUGAGAGGCACCUGCAAAAACGGUCAAUCAUAUCAUCUUCACUUCAACUAUACCAUCUGGCGAGAAACUGACGUUAUAUUCAUCGAUUAUCCCUUCUACUUUAAACAAGAAGAAGCGCCAUUCUUCGAUAUUACUCAAAUGCCACCCAGACGUUCAAACCAGACAUGGUGGAUGUCUUUCCCGGAAGAAGGAUUGGGAUAUUAUCCAUUUGCUGGACUAGACACUUUCUGGGGUGUAUUUGAUCUGACGAUGGGUUCGCCUGAUAAUAUAUUUGACAUUUAUAAGCCAACAUAUCCGGUUGAGAAUAUUGACCCGUUUUAUGAUACUCAUGUGAAAUUUGAGAAUAAACGCAACGAUGUGUUAUUUGUGUGGAUAGCUGGGAACUGUUAUGUACCAAACAAGCGGGAAGAUUAUGUCCGAGAACUAAUGAAUCAUGUAACUGUGCAUUCGUACGGCAACUGUCUGCACAAUCAAGAUGCUUCGGAUGAGAUAUUGAAAAAAUACGGACUGGAAAAGGGACCAGCCCCAGGUUAUUGGAAAAAACAUAUGUAUGAAAUUAAUAGAGACAUUCUCUCUGCAUAUAAGUUUGUUCUUGUCUUUGAAAACUCUAAUUGUGAAGGAUAUGUGACAGAGAAAGUAUACAAUGCGCUGUUGGUGGACGCUAUUCCCAUAUACAUGGGCGCGUCUGAUAUUGAUGAUUAUGUACCGCCUGGGAGUGUGAUUAAAGUAACGGAUUAUGAGAGCACGAGUGCAUUAGCAGAACAUGUUGAACGGAUAGCCAAUAAUAAGACACUAUACGAAAGUUACUUUGCGUGGAAAAAAGACACAACACACGAGAACUUUUGCAAAAAGUGUCAUCCUCUUGACGAUUCAGAUGUAUGUGCAUUUUUAGAGAGAGUUGAAUGGAUAUAA